CAUUUGUUCCGCUAAUUAACUUAUAAUGCGUAGUUUCAAUAGAAGACCAAUUACAUUUACAGCGCGCUUCUAAGCGGAUAACACGGCGCAAAAAGACACUCAGCUACUUAAGUGACGAAAUGACGGAUAAAUAUUAUCGGCUAGUUACCAUUUUGGUUAACAUAUGUCCUCAACCUCUGCGGGAGUUAUUUCUAAAACAGGCAGCCGCAGACCCUAAUCUCCAAACACCAUACACUACAUUAGAUGCUUAUUUAGCGUUCAGGAGAAAGGAUAUCAAUAAACUUACCCAAAAGCCAAAAUGUGUUCUACGAAAGGAUCAAUUUUAUUUGUUGUUCCCACCUGCAGGUCAAGGUCAAACAGAUAUCACCGCGUGGGAUGUGACAUUAUUAACUGCUCUGUUGAAAAACAUUUUUAACUUAACCCAAAAUGAUCUUAUGUGUAUCGAAAAUAUCAGGACAAUCAGAAAUGAUCUCCAACAUAUCGCAGGUACGUGUAAAAUAACUGAACAAGAAUUUAAGACUAUAUACAACAAAUUAAAUGUGAACAUUGUAAACUUACAUUAUCCAUUAAGGGCAAAUCUUAUGCAGACAAGAUUGAACAAGAUAUUAAAGAGGUAGAAAGUUCUAUAUUAACAGAUCUAGGAGAUGUGCUAAGGUCAUGGUACAUGAGCAAAAUCGUAAAAUUAGAAACAAAGAUAGAACACCUUGAGGAUCAGAUAGACGAAAUAAAAAAAGAUACAGGCAAAACCGUGAACACAUUGAAGAAAACCACUGUCAAGCGAACACGAGCCGGAGGUAAAAUUACGAAACGUUUCAAAACUGUUGAUCAUAUACUUGAAAAUAUGAGAGAAAACUUUGUGUCUCUGCUAACGAAGAAACUUGACAGUGACUUUACACCUCCGCCAGAAACUACGAGAAUCAUUAAAGAAAUCGAAGAAAAUCACCUAGUAGUCGUGUCAGGAUACGGCAAAGGCCUAUAUCUACAAGCGGCACUCUCUGCUAUUGAGAGCCAUGAAUAUGAAGCGGGAGGAAGCAUCCUAUGUUCAAGUCCCACUGACUGGCGUCACAUCGGUAAUGAAGAUGCCGAGUUAGUUGUGUUCCUUCACCCAUUUGGCGAAGGUACAUUUGAUUUACAGAAGGCAAAAGACUUUCGUUCAAUUGCGGAUAACAUUGUAGAGACAACUACCUCUAGCGACAAUGACGAUGUGCUAGAUGUUGUCAUAAUAAUGGACCAAUCAAGUUUAGAAGAAUGGAAACGACAUUUCAGUCAUGAGAUGAUGGAACAACCAAUCGUUGUCUACAAACCAACCACUGAAGACUCACCUGUGGACCUUAUUAAAGAUGAAAGCUGUAUGGCACAGGUUGAAGCAGAUCCACACUACAAAAACUUACUUGUUCAAUCAAUUGCCUACAAUAAACAUCAUAGAGCAAAGAUGGCAGAUGAACACUUACUGGAAAACGCAUUGGAAGCAUUCCGUUCAAGGAAGGUAAUCGUCAUUUCCGGUCCACGUGGCAGUGGAAAAACGACGCUUGCUCUCUCCCUACUGUCGUCAUAUCAAGAUGGUCAUUAUCUCAUACUAACAGAACCGGAUGAUCUCAGUUGUAUUAGAUUCGGUGUUACCUGUGUUGUGAUCAUCGAAGAUCUUGGAGGAAAGUACAUGUUCGAAAUGUCCGUCAUUCAAAAGUGGUUGCGGAAAUUUGAUAUGCUCUACUCGGCAGUCAAAGAUGGCAAAUUAAACGUGAUCAUCACAUGUCUAACAGACCGGUUGAGUUCAUGCGUUCACGAUUCGAAGCAUCCAAUGCUGGAAACUGUCAUUGAAUUACCGAAAGGUUGUUCUGUUAAAAUCAAGAAAGAGUCAUCGACAGAUUGUAAUUCUGUAGUGUAUGCUGGAAUAAGUCCGAACACAUCAUCCUAUAACAGAGUAAAGAAGAUCCAAAGGCAUAUAAUUGAAACUCCUGAAAAUGUGACACUUUACGGGACGUCAAAAUGGUGUCAACAUCCAGAUGGGUCGUUUCUCUAUUUAGCCAACAUAAUAGUAUCAUCAGUUGAUGAUGAUGAAGAUGAUUCCAUCGAUACAUCUCAGAUAUAUAAAACUGUUAUUAUUCAUAUCAGUUCAGACUUUGAAUACCAAUGUUACUACAAUACUGAUAUAAAAGAAGACACGGAUACUACAAAACAUAUCUGCUGUACUAAUACUGGGGAUGUGGUGAUGUCUGUGAAAAGAGAAUUAAGAUUGUAUAGAAUAUCAAGUGGAAGUCUUCGAUUCAUCAAAUCUAUAGAUGUGGGGUUUGAGUGCACAAAUAUGUCCUUCUUCAAGAAUAAGAUUUACUGUUUUACUUAUGGGGCAUCAUUAAUAAUUCUAGAUACAAAUCUAAAUAUAAAGAGAAGAGUUGAACUCAUUGGAAUUGCUGCCGAGAAUAUUUUACCAUGUUCAUUACAAAAGUAUAUCAGUACUUUGUAUUCUAAUUAUGCCGAUAAUUGUAUCAUAUGUGAGGAUUCCAGACUUAAGCAAUUGAAAUAUUUAAGAAAGGAAGGAUUUCUACGUCUGUCUAUGUGUGCUGCUACUGAGGACAGUGUAUUCGUAUUUGGGAGACAGGGUGAGGACUUCAGGAUUUUACAGGUGAACACUGACAUGACGGUACUCACAGAAAUAUGUGUAGACAAAAAAGAGAUGGACCAGAUUUAUAUACGGGAUGUUGAUAAAAUGGUGUUUGACAAAAAUAAUUCCAGAUUAUUCAUAUCAUCACGUUACGAUGAACUAACAUUUCAUACAAUUUACUUAGAGUGAACAGAUUAUAUGACAUUUUACAAUGUACAUUUUUUCACAAACAUGGACAGUCUAUGCAUUUUCACUGUACUCACCAGCUUUAUUCAUAUUCAUUUACAGAAAGAUAAUAUUAAUUUCCUCAAAUGUUAUAGUUAUAAUAAAAUGUCUCCUUUUCCAAACAAACUGUAGGAAAACUGUUCAAGAAAAAAUAUUAUGAUUACCUUAUAUUUUACAAUUUAUUAAAGCCAGUUUAAUAAGUGUAAAAAACUGGAUAAAUCAUGCUUUAUUCUGUCUCACCAAAUUUUAAAAAAUCAUGUUUUACUUUAAAUAUAAUAGUAAACAGUCUAGUUUAAUUCGAUGCUAACUCGUGAGGCGUUUUCACUUUUUGCUAAAAGUCAAUUAUAUUGUUAAGAUAUUAGAAUUAUAUUAUUUUCCGUUAACCUACGUUGUAACAUGAUUAUUUCAAAAUGGACUCGCCCAUAUUGACGUCAAAUUAAGGCUUCGUCCCAAAAAUUAGCAUGUUCUCGGUUAUCAUAAACAGAAACAAUUUUUUUAUUGUUCACUGAUAAACAUUUUAAUGUUAUAUUUAAAAAAUGUUGAUGUAAAAAGGCCUUUGUACAAAUAAAGAUUUUCUUCCUUU